GCCUCCAACCCGGGGCAGUUUGAGAGUGACAGUGAUGUCCUCUGGCAGAGGGCUCAGCUCCCAGACACCGUGUUCCACCACGGCCGGGUUGGCAUCAACACGGAUCGCCCCGACGAAGCCCUGGUGGUCCAUGGCAACGUGAAGGUCAUGGGCUCACUCAUGCACCCUUCAGACCUCCGAGUGAAGGAGGACAUCCAGGAGGUGGACACCACGGAGCAGCUCAAGAGGAUCUCCAGGAUGAGGCUGGUGCACUACAACUACAAGCCUGAGUUUGCAGCCACGGUGGGGAUGGACAACACCUCUGAGACAG